UUUAUAGAAAGAAGGCGAAAAUCAAAUUUUUAGCUUCAGGAAAAAAGUUUGAAUAGUUAGGGUUUUCUUAAAUUUGUUAAAAGAAUUUGAAAAGACAUGGGCGGCUGUUUUUCUGGUGACCUGAAAGGCGGCCAACAAGCUGUAGGUGGGGUUGAUGGUAGGCCCAUUGUGAAUAAUAAUGCUGGACAUAACGACGCCAUUGAUUACUAUUUCAGAAUCCGAGGUCAAUUUCCUCUUUUUACUCAAGUUGAGUUAUCUAUGUCAGCAUCAAACUUGCGUGAUCGUGACAUCACAUCAAAGAGUGAUCCUAUGGCAGUUGUGUAUGUAAAGAAAAUGGAUGGUAUGCUGGAGGAGCUUGGCCGUACUGAAGUCAUACUCAACAAUUUGAAUCCUGUUUGGAUUCAGAAGAUUAAUGUUGCUUAUCAGUUUGAGAUUGUUCAACAUUUGGUUUUUCAUCUAUAUGAUGUGGAUACCAGCUAUCACAACAUACCUGUGAAGGCACUAAAGUUGAAUGAGCAAGAUUUCUUGGGAGAAGCCACUUGUGUUCUGUCUGAGAUAUUAACCAAAAGAAAUCGGUCUUUAACUCUCAAUCUCCAUGGGAAAAAUGGUCCAGGAGGUUCCAGAAACUUUGGGACACUGACCCUCUAUGCUGAAGAAACCUUUUUAUCCAGGAUGGUUGUUGAGACGAAAUUGCGUUGUUCCCAGUUAGACAACAAGGACAUGUUUUCUAAAAGUGACCCUUUCUUGAGAAUAUCAAGACAAAGCGAAAGUGGAAAUUAUGUUCCAAUAUGCAAGACAGAAGUGAUAAACAACAAUUUAAAUCCAGUUUGGAGACCGCUAUCUCUGAGCAUGCACCAGUUUGCAAGCAAGGAAAAUCCAUUACUUAUCGAAUGCUUCGAUUUCAACAGCAAUGGCAAUCAUGUACUUAUUGGCCAACUUCAUAAAUCAGUUUCGGAGUUGGAAAAACUUCACAAAGAAGGAAGUGGUGCAAAUUUGGUUUUCCCAUCUCAUCGUGGUCGGGAAAAGGUUCUGAAGGGCCAGCUUUUUGUAGAUCAAUUUAUUGAGAAGGAGCAAUUCAGUUUCGUUGACUACAUUUCUAGUGGGUUUGAGCUAAAUUUUAUGGUUGCCAUUGACUUUACAGCUUCAAAUGGGAAUCCUCGACAUCAAGAUUCCUUGCACUACAUUGAUCCUUCAGGCCGGUUGAAUUCUUACCAACGAGCUAUAAUGGAGGUUGGGGAGGUUAUACAAUUUUAUGAUUCGGAUAGGAGGUUUCCAGCUUGGGGUUUUGGAGGAAGGACUCAUAACGGCACUCUAUCCCAUUGUUUUAACUUGAACGGUACAAAUGACUAUGAGGUUGAAGGAGUUCAUGGCAUCAUGUCUGCUUAUGCUAGUGCGCUGCACAAUGUCACUUUGUCUGGACCUACUUUGUUCAGCGAUGUAAUCAACAAGGCUGCACAAAUGGCUUCCCAUGUUGCCUCAAAUGACAUUACCAAAUAUUUUGUACUGCUCAUUAUAACGGAUGGAGUUUUGACAGAUAUUCAAGGAACAAUGGAUGCUUUGGUUAGGGCAUCUGAUCUUCCUUUAUCCAUUCUUAUAGUUGGAGUGGGGAAUGAAGACUUUAAACAAAUGGAGAUUCUGGAUGCUGAUGAUGGACAUCGAUUGGAGAGCUCAACAGGUCGUGUUGCUACACGAGACAUUGUACAAUUUGUUCCCAUGCGAGAAGUGCAUAGCGGGCAGAUUUCUUGUGUUCAAGCUCUACUGGAAGAGCUGCCGGGACAGUUUUUGACUUACGUGCGAUCUAGAAACAUCAAGCCACUCUAUGCUUGAUUGCCCUCAAAAUAUUUCAAAG